GCAGGUGAACUUCUCUGCCAGUCAGAGUCAUCUGCAAGGCCACCUCCAGCCUGUGCCCUGGGGUGGGAGCCAGCAGGGCGCCUGGAGCCCCCUGCCCUGCGUCUGUGCCCGGAGCCUGCCGACAUGCUGUCCCUGCUGGGCAGCUCGCGGAGGUGCUUCUGGAUCCUCCUCCUCCUCACCCUGAGCGUGUUGCUGCUGGCCGGCCUCCUGCGCGUGGACACCGACACGCUCACACCCCUGCUUGGGGGCCGGGCUGAGGGGCACCCCGUCACCAACGUCAUGUUCCUCAAGACGCAUAAGACCGCCAGCAGCACGGUGCUCAACAUCCUCUUCCGCUUUGCCGAGACGCACAACCUGUCCGUGGCGCUGCCUGCUGGCUCGAGGUUCCACCUGGGCUACCCCUGGCUCUUCCUGGCACGCUACGUGGAGGGUGCCGGGCCGGACGGCUCACAGCGGCGCUUCAACAUCAUGUGCAACCACCUGAGGUUUAACCUGCCAGAGGUGCAGAAAGUGAUGCCGAACGACACCUUCUAUUUUUCCAUCCUCAGAAACCCCGUCUUUCAGCUGGAGUCCUCCUUCGCCUACUACAGAAGCUACGUGCCCGCCUUCCGGGCCGCCCCGAGCCUGGACGCCUUCCUGGCCGCCCCGCACGCUUUCUACAACUGGAGCCAGAGCCUGAACAACGCCUACGCGAGGAACCACAUGUGGUUUGACCUGGGCUUCGACCCCGCCGCGGUGGCCGCAGAAAGCUACGUGCGCGCGCGCCUGGCCGAGGUGGAGCGGCGCUUCCAGCUGGUGCUCAUCGCGGAGCACUUCGACGAGUCCAUGGUGCUCCUGCGGCACCGGCUGCGCUGGCGGCUGGACGACGUGGUCUCCUUCAGGCUCAACUUGCGCAGCCCGCGCAGCGUCGCCAGCCUGACGCCCGAGAGCCAGGAGCGUGCCAAGCACUGGUGCGCCCUGGACUGGCGCCUGUACCAGCACUUCAACCGCACCUUCUGGGCCUCGGUGCGCGCGGAGCUGGGCCCACGGCGGCUGCGCGCGGAGGUGGCGCGGCUGCGCGCGCGGCGGCGCGAGCUCACGGGCCUGUGCCUGCAGGACAGCGUGCCCAAGAACAAGACGCAGAUCACCGACCGAAAGCUGCUGCCCUACCAGUCGGGCGAGGCCGACAUCUUGGGCUACAACCUCAGGCAGGGCCUGGACGACGAGACGCUGCGCAUGUGCCGGAGGAUGGUCAUGCCGGAGCUCCAGUACAUGGCCCACCUGUACUCCCUGCAGUUUCCCCAAAAGCCCCCCAAGAACAUCACCUUCCUGGAGGCGUAGCCUCUCGGUGUGACACCAGCCCCUCUGCAGUCCUCCUGCAGUCCAGGCCGCGCGCUCGGCCUCAGGCUUGGGGCGGGGCUCCUGGGCCAUCGGGAGUCCCUGCCCUGCCGGACCCCAGGUCUUCCAGGUGAGCCCCGCCCCCCCACCCCCCCCACCGUGAGGACUUAGCAGUGACCCACCCUCUCGGCCAGGGCCCCACCCUUGGACAAUACGCACAGGUGACGUGGGAGGGCACCAACCCGUUCGUCAAGGAAGAAAGUCUUACAACGCAGGAGAGCCAGGCAGAUGGACCGGCAACAACCCGAUGCUUGUCAGAGGGAACCCGUGUGGGCGCGCCGCCCUUCGGAAGGGCAAACCCGGCGGCUUCGGAGGGGCCCCGCGCAGCAGGGUGGGUCUCUGACGGAGCGCGGACCGGCUCCCUGCACCCGCCAGCGCGGCCACCGGCGGCUCAGGAGGCGGCGCUGGAGCAGGGAGCCCGGACGGGGGGCUGGGGCCUGGAACGCUCAGCUUCCCAUCUUUGGCGGUCGGAGACUUGUUUCCACCGAAGAACGGUUUUAGGCUGAAAAAUGCUCAAAUUGUUUGUGAGACGAGCGGGGGAGGGUCAGCGCUACAGCCCCGUUGGGAUCGCUGCCCGCCCAGGCGUCCGGCGCAGGAAGCACCUGCAGGAGGGCUGCCCUCGGCUGCUCUGGAGACCUGGGUGGAUGGAGUCCCAGGAGAGCGCUGCCCGCAGGCACCUCCGCUGGUCGUUGGUGGGGAGGGAGGGCGCACGUCCUGCCCGGCCGCACGUGGUCCCUGGCUGCUUGGGGGCCCGGUGUCAGAGUGGGGUGCACACACUCAGCGCCACGUGCCCUGUACCCUUCCAAAGGUGGGGCUCCUGGAGAAAUAGAGCUGCCCUCACUCUGGCUUGCCUGCCCGGUGCUGGGGUUCCCUUCUUUUCGCACCAGGGCCCCAGCUCGGAAGGGCCCGGCAGCUGGGCUAGGCACCUGCUGCAGGUGCUCCUGGGUGCAGGUGUGCCCAUGCUUGUCAGGUGAGUCAGCACUUCAAAGAGGGGGAGAUUCUCUGCCGCACCCCCAAAUGAGCAGAACAGGCCACAGCUCUCUUGGACAAUGGUUUAUGGGUCGAACUUUAAAAACAAUCAGUUUUUAAUGAAAGUAGAGGACAUAUUGCAGUAAAUUUGAAAAUAAAAGAGAAUAUUUGGAAACUGAAAAAA